AUGGAGGAUAAGGCUGAAUUUUGCUGUUCUCUGUGUACCUUUGCGGUACUGGAACAGGGACUCUUUGCGGGCAGCGCUGGUGGCAGCGCUGGUGGCGCUGUCCCUCGGGAGGGCAGCGCGGUGUCCCCGCCGGGCGCGGAGCUGGCCGAGGUGCUGAACCCGCGGCUGCGGCAUUCCGGGAAAGCGGCUCCACAGCAGCCACCAGAGCAGUCUAGGCAUUUGUGCCUUCAUCAGAGGGAGAUUCCGGCAGGAGGCAGGACUCCUUCUCCUCUAACCCUAAAUGGAGACAACUGCCCAAGCCACCCACGAGGAGCAUCUUGCCAGGAAGGCGGCUCUGGGCUUGUCGAGCAGGCCGGGCAGGGCGGCUGGCACAGGGCAGGGCCGGUGGAAUGGCAGCCGGGCUCCCUCCUGCAGCCUGGUCGGCAGAAGCAGAGCCUGACCCGUGCUGAGCCAGCACUCCCCUUUGUAGCAGGCUGCGGGGCCAGGCCGCAGUGCACAGGGCCAGGAGGCCUUGCUGAUCUUAUUAUCCCCGUUCUGAGCUGUUGCAGACUGCUUGGGUGCAAGCGUGACCAGCUGGCAGCCAAAAGAGCCUCUGAGAAAACAGGAAGCAGAACUGCCACCUUUUGUGAGCUGUGCCACUGCCCAUCGCAGGGCAAGUGGGAAGUGUCAUCAUCCCAGUGGGAGAGUGAGGUGCUUCUCUGGAUCCAGACCUCACCAGGGCCUUUUUCACCCAGCCUUCCUGGGCUGCCAGAGCCUGACUCUGCUCUGACCCUUGCCUGCCAUCCUGCAUCUCCCAGUGCAGCUGACCCGGAGCUCUGGCCUUGCCAUGUCCGUGCAGGCAGGUUUGUCCACACAGCCAGCAGGAGCUGGCUUUGGCAAUUAAAUGAUAGGAUUAGAUGUGUCUGCCAGGCCUCUCUAGAUCUCCCGCAGGCUCGAAGCCGCGCCGCUCCCCGCGUCCCCGCAGUUCCUCCUUCCAGUUAA